AGAGUUAGUACAACCAAAAUGGCGGACAGAACGCCUGGUGGUACGCAGAAAGCCAACGCAAAGGCGCUGCUGGAGAGCAAGUUGAAGUCCUUCAGCAUUGGAAAAAUGGCCGUGAGUAAGAGGACCCUAAGCAAGAAGGAACAAGAGGAUAUCAAAAAGAAGGAGGAUGAGCGGGCAGCUGCAGAGAUCUAUGAAGAGUUCCUGGCUGCGUUCGAGGGAGGAGAGGGAAAGGUCAAGGCCUUUGUCCGGGGGGGCAUUGCUAAUGCAACUAAAGAGGAGGCUGCUUCUGAUGAUAAGAAGGGCAAGCUGUAUAAACCUAAGUCACGCUUUGAAACAGCAGCAGCACCGAAAAGCAGCUUCCUGCCUUUGGAAACCCCUCCGCAGUUUUUAACAUUAGAUAAAAGACAUACACUGAAGAAAACAAAUGAAAAGGAAAAGAAGAAGAGUAAUCUAGAGCUCUUUAAGGAAGAACUUAAACAAAUACAGGAAGAGCGGGACGAAAGACAUAAGAUGAAAGGCAGAGUCAGUCGAUUUGAACCUCUCUCUGGGAUGGAGGGAAAACGCUCCUCAUUGGAUAGUUCUUCAAGAAGAAACCGUCCGUCCAGUGUUUUGGAUGACGCUGCACCUGGUUCCCAUGACGUCGGAGACCCCUCUACAACUAACUUAUACCUCGGAAACAUCAACCCACAGAUGAAUGAGGAGAUGCUGUGUCAGGAGUUUGGGCGCUACGGCCCUCUGGCCAGCGUGAAGAUCAUGUGGCCGCGGACAGAUGAAGAGAGGGCCAGGGAGAGGAACUGUGGCUUUGUGGCCUUCAUGAACCGGAGGGAUGCGGAGAGAGCUCUGAAGAAUCUCAACGCGAAGAUGAUCAUGAACUUUGAAAUGAAGCUGGGCUGGGGUAAAGGCGUGCCCAUCCCCCCUCACCCCAUCUACAUCCCCCCGUCUAUGGUGGAGCACACUCUCCCCCCGCCGCCCUCCGGCCUACCCUUCAACGCACAGCCCUGCGAGAGGCUGAAGAACCCCAACGCCGCCCUGCUCCCUCCGCCCAAGAACAAGGAGGAAUUCGACAAGACUCUGUCGCAAGCCAUAGUCAAAGUGGUUAUCCCAACAGAAAGGUACAUGUUUUUCUUUUUUAAAUUGAUGUAAAAGUAGAAAAACAUCCCAUAAUGAAUAAACCCCAAUUUUAAAGUUUGAUCAAUUGAAUCACUGCAUGCUACGGGGGGUCGUUCAGUAUGGGUGAGCAAUGGUUGAGACAAGCAGACGUAGGCUUAUAACCCCAUCAGGUUCCUGUUAGUAGACUACAAGAUACUCACUCCCACAGCCCAGCUUUCUGCCGCCACACAGUGUCCAUAUAUUUUUCCUUUCACACAUUCAUUCAAACACUCCCUCCAAACAUCAAUACAGUCCAUGGACCACCAUGCCAUUGCUUGUCUGACGGUAUAGAGGACAUUAAAGGAAUUUUUACCACCACUUGUCAGUCGUCACAUGUAGGCUAAUAAUAUCCAUGUUAUGAUGCUAGCUACAUAACACAGUCACAUACCAUACAUACCGUGCUGGCUGUGGUUAGGUUUUUUAGACCGGUCUUGCACUCUGACUAUUGCUCACUCCCACCGACACGCCCCCUUGGCCUCUGUCACCCAAUCACGGGCUCAGCAACACCUGGCCCCUGCUCAGACCUCCAAUCCAAACUUCCCGUUAGUCUCAGUGACCUUUUGACAUUGGCCUUGGUGAGCAGCACAAGUUGAACUGUCUGCGGCAGCGAGGGACCUGAAAGCAUCAUGGGAUGGAUUGGGAAAGUAUACAGCAUUUUACCCACCAUGCAUUGGUACGAUCGGCUCCAAUACUAUAUGGAAUUUGCUCUCUCUCAUCCACCGAAUGAUCGAGUUUGUGGUGCGUGAGGGCCCCAUGUUCGAAGCCAUGAUCAUGAAUCGAGAGCUCAGCAACCCCAUGUACAGGUUUCUGUUUGAGAACCAGAGCCCAGCACACGUGUACUACCGCUGGAAACUCUACUCCAUACUACAGGGAGAAGCACCAACAAAAUGGCGGACGGACGACUUCUGCAUGUUCAAGAACGGCUCGCUGUGGCACCCUCCUCCCCUCAAUCCCUACCUGCACGGCAAUUUUGAGGAGGGGGAGGGGCCUGAGGAGGAAGAGGAGGAGCCUGGGAAGAAAGGCUGCCUAAAAGAAGAAGAGCGUGAUCAGCUGGAGGAGAUGUUGAGGGCUCUGACUCCUAGAAAGGGGGACAUAGCCGAAGCCAUGCUGUUCUGUCUACUGCACGCCGAGGCUGCUGAGGAGAUCGUAGAGUGUGUCACAGAGUCCCUCUCCAUCCUCAAGACACCACUCCCCAAGAAGAUUGCACGGUUGUAUCUAGUCUCUGAUGUGCUGUACAACUCAUCUGCUAAAGUAGCCAAUGCGUCGUACUACAGAAAAUACUUUGAGACCAAGCUUUGCCAGGUCUUCUCAGACCUCAAUGCAACGUACAAGACGAUACAGGGUCACCUGCAGUCUGAGAACUUUAAGCAACGAGUGAUGUCGUGUUUCCGUGCGUGGGAGGACUGGGCCGUGUACCCAGAUCCCUUCCUCAUCAAGCUGCAGAACAUCUUCCUGGGUCUAGUCAACCUAUCAGCUGAUAAGGAGACUCCCGCUCCCAUCACAGUAGAGAAACCAUCAGUUGAACACCUGGCCCCUGGUCUACUGUCCCAGCCUGAGCCAGCAGAGGACAUCGACGGGGCCCCCAUCGGGGAGGAUAUGGAUGGGGCCUCUCUGGAGGACGUGGAUGGGGUCCCUAUAGGGCUGGAUGGAGGGACCAUGGUGGACGGAGCCCCCCUAGGCUCUACCCCCCUAGGCUCCGCCCCCCUUGACAGAGCCCCGCAGGGGAUGGAUGAUCUGGACGGAGUGCCCAUCAAGGCCCUGGAGGAGGACAUAGACGGAGUGCCCUUGGAUCAUGCUGCGGCCAAAGCAGCAUCCUUUAAAGUAGCACCUUCAAAAUGGGAAGCAGUGGACGAGUCUGAGCUAGAAGCACAGGCCGUGACCACCUCUAAAUGGGAGAUCUUUGAGCAGCCAGAGGAGAAGAAGGACGAGGAUGACAGUGAUGAUGAGGACACCAAGAGUUCCCGGUCAGAAGAGCCUCCGAGUUACCCCAACCCCAUCAGAGACGACUUGGACUCCAAGACCAAGCACUCUGAGAUGAAUGAGGACAGACGCACCAAGCUCCGGGAAAUAGAGGUCAAAGUGAUGAAGUUCCAGGAUGAGUUGGAGUCUGGGAAAAGGCCCAAGAAGUCUGGCCAGAGUCUCCAAGAGCAGGUGGAAAACUACAGAGAGAAACUCUUACAGAAGGAAAAAGAAAAGGAGAAACUGGAACGAGAGAAAGAGAGGGAGAAAAAAGACAAGGAGAAAAGCGAAGCUCGCUCUAAAGACAUCAAGAAGGAGAAGGAGGAGUCAACUCCAACCAGGAAAGACAGGCGUGGCCUGUCUCCUGUGGUUGCUAGGAAACGGCGCCACAGCGGCUCACCCGGCAGCCCCCCACGGAGCAGCAGUAGACGGGUGCGCUCCCCAUCCCCCCGCUCCGAAAGGUCAGAACGCCUCUACUCCAAGGACGUAGGGUCAUCACGAUCCCGCUCCUCCCACAAAGACUCCCCUCGAACCACCAUCAUCAAGAAGUCCUCCAAAAGGUCUCCCUCGUUAUCCCGCACGCCCAAACGGUCCCGGAGGUCACGCUCCAGAACACCCAAGAAAUCAACCAAGAAAUCCCGUUCAAAAUCCCGGUCCCCACACCGGUCCCACAAGAAAUCAAAGAAGAGUAAACACUGACAAAUCACCCACCCCUCGUUCUGAACCCCCACCCUCUUCCCUCUCCAUCCCUCUGCUGUAAUGUAUAAAUAAAAGAAUGAACAGUGGCAGCUCAGUUCCCUGCCUGAAUGUUCCUGUGAAGAAGAGGAUGAUUAAGAUGAGAAAAGGUUAUGCACAGGUUGCCAUGUUGAGACUCAAUGGAUUGAGAAAUGUUGCCAUGUAGGGUCUAAAUGGAUCCUUCCGGGUUGCCAUGUUGGGUCUAAAUGGAUCCAGCGAUGCUGUUUUAUAUUGUAAAUAAAUAAGUGUCCUGCCCACCACCCAAUGGGAUUCAUCCUCGUGGUAGACCACACCUCCUGUACCCAGUGUGAAGAUGACUUGUCUUAUUUCCAUGCUGUAGUUUUCUUUUUUGUAGUUCACAAUUAAUAAAUAUGACUCAUUAUAAUAUUAUCUUGUUAAACUUUUUGCAUUGUAAAUCCAAAAUGAAAGCUUCAGACAAGCCCUGGAAGUUCUCCCCCUGCUGUUUCAGUCCAUUUUCCUCCAUUUGGUGCCUAAUGAACGCUGCCCAGAUCUGUUAAGCACUGGUAUUUAUUUAACACAUGGCUGUAAUGGUAGUGAGUCCUACGUUUUCACAGUUGUCAAGCUGUGGUGGAGACUGAGGGAAACUAGAAAACAUUUGCGGCUCUGAACUGUACAUGACAAUACUGAAAAUAUAGAACCCCAACUGUUUCAAAUGUG